UAUACCACCUCUCUGAGCAACCUGUUCAGUGAAGCUUCAAAAUUCUCAGAGCUGUGUAUCUGUUUCCUUUUCCUUGUGUCAUUUGGGAGUCAUAUGGAUGAAAACUGUUCUUGUGCCCUUUGCUCAGUGGAAAUAGUUUCUGUGCUUGUAGCAUGAAAAUUUGGGCCCUCACUGAAGACGACUCCCAGCUUGACAGCUGUCUGCAAGAAUGACCACAUGAGUCAAGGCUGGGCACCUAUUUCAGGCUGCUCGGCAGAAUGGCCACAGAGGAGCGGCACCUCUCCUCCAGCUGUGGGUCCUUCAUCAAGACCGAGCCCUCCAGCCCAUCUUCUGGCAUCGAUGCCAUCAGCCACCACAGCCCCAGCGGCUCCUCCGAUGCUAGUGGUGGCUACGGCAUCACCAUGGGAGGCCACCCCAAUGGCCUUGACUCACCACCCAUGUUCAAUGGCACGGGGAUCGGUGGUGGGUCCUGCCGUAAGCGUUACGACGACUGUGCCAGCGCCAUCAUGGAGGACUCGCCCACCAAGUGCGAGUACAUGCUCAAUGCCAUCCCCAAGCGGCUCUGCCUGGUGUGCGGGGACAUUGCUUCUGGGUAUCACUACGGCGUGGCUUCCUGUGAGGCGUGCAAAGCCUUCUUCAAGAGGACUAUUCAAGGGAACAUUGAAUACAGCUGCCCAGCCACCAAUGAAUGUGAGAUCACGAAACGGAGGCGCAAGUCCUGUCAGGCCUGUCGCUUCAUGAAGUGCCUCAAAGUGGGGAUGCUAAAAGAAGGUGUUCGUCUUGAUCGAGUCCGUGGAGGCCGUCAGAAAUACAAGAGGAGGUUGGAUUCUGAGAGUAGCACUUACCUGAGCCUACAGAUUCCUCCCCCAGCUAAAAAGCCACUGACCAAGAUCGUCUCCCACUUGCUGGUGGCUGAGCCAGAGAAGAUUUAUGCCAUGCCUGAUCCAACCAUGCCAGAGAGUGACAUCAAAGCCCUGACAACCCUCUGUGACCUAGCAGACAGGGAACUGGUGGUGAUCAUUGGCUGGGCAAAGCACAUCCCAGGAUUCUCCAACCUCUCUCUUGGGGAUCAGAUGAGCCUCUUGCAGAGUGCCUGGAUGGAAAUCCUCAUCCUGGGCAUUGUGUACCGCUCCUUGCCGUACGAGGACAAACUUGUCUAUGCUGAGGACUACAUCAUGGAUGAAGAACAUUCUCGUCUGACCGGGCUGCUGGAGCUCUACAUGGCCAUCCUACAGCUGGUGCGCCGCUAUAAGAAGCUUAAAGUGGAAAAGGAGGAGUUUGUCACACUCAAAGCUUUGGCCCUCGCCAACUCAGACUCCAUGCACAUAGAGGACAUGGAUGCAGUGCAGAAACUCCAGGACCUUCUCCAUGAAGCCCUGCAGGACUACGAGCUGAGUCAGCGCAACGAGGAGCCCCGGCGAGCAGGCAAGCUGCUCCUGACCUUGCCACUCCUGCGGCAGACGGCUGCCAAAGCUGUGCAGCACUUCUACAGCAUCAAACUUCAGGGCAAGGUUCCCAUGCAUAAACUCUUCCUAGAAAUGCUAGAGGCAAAGGUCUGACAGCCCCAGAGCCAACCGACAGUGGCCGGGGAACAAACUAGAAACAAAGAUGCAGACAACGGAGCAAUCCAAACAGCAGCAGCAGCCACCGCCGGCUUUUAUCUCCAACCAUUUAUUAUGGAAGAAUCAUUUAAUGUCUAUCUGUCGGCGUGACUGCAGAAUCUUAUGUACAGGAGGGAGAAACUCUUUUAAUCGGUCACCUGUUUCUCUUUUUUUUCAUUUGUUUUCUUUGUGGGAAAUACCAGAAUAUGUUCUUACACUUGCUGAGGCAGUCACUGGGGCUCAGCCCCUCUGUGUGGUGAUGCUCUCAGCACUGUCCAGGCUGCCUGCUCCCCAGCUCCCUCUGUCAGUGCUGGAGGGGGACUGGGGACAGCAGCAGGAAGAGAGGAAGAAUAGAAUCAAUAUAAACUUUAUCUACUGGUGUUGUGAGGGGUCAGAUAGAAAGGGAAGCAGCCAGGGUCCUUUGUUCACCUUUCUGGUUCUAACCAUAGAGCAGAUGCUCCUUUGGAGAAGAGCACUGCUGGACUGCUCCUGAUCAAAAUGGCUGCUUCCCAGGCUCCUGUAGAGACAGGUAACACUUGUACAUACAGGCCCCACUUCUUACCGGGAAAGAUGCUCCUAACUGUGUAAGAUAUUCUGCGACCUUGUACAGUGUGUCAUUAUGCCUGGCUACUCCCUCCCAUGUACAGUCCCUGCAGGCCCCUGAAGAGGUAGGAUGUAUGACCUUGGAAGAAUGCAAGUCUCCUUUUACAGGUGGCAAGAUAAGCAGAAAAGAGCCUGAUGUUAUGCUUCAGUGCUGGGUUGACUUGGUAAUCACUGCAUCCUCUCCUGCGUGGUGCUAACUACAGUUCUUCCUCAGUUUUCACCCUACAGUGUAUCAAACCUGCCUCUUCAGCUCAGCUGAGUGCUGUUCCCCACUUGUUCCUCAUGGCAGAGAAGACAAGGUUUUGUCUGCAUGGUAACUGCCCAAGUAUAAAUACACCCCAAACCAGGGCUUUCCUAGACUUCAUAAAAGUGAUAGCUCUUUGCCUCCACAGAGAUUUAGGCUUAUUGCCAAAUGCUAGUGUAGAAAUCAAGGGCACUGCUUUUUGGAGGAGGCAGCUCUUGAGCCUGAGAGAUUGCUUUUUUGUGGCAGCCUAGGGAAAUAAAUUAGAGGGUGGCAUUAACCCCCCGAUAUCCCAGCUACUGUCUUACCCUGCCUCAUCCCAUUAUCCUCAACAGCAGCAGAAGAGCUAGCGUAGAUUAUACCUCGGCCUGGUAAGAUGUUCUUUUGCUGAUGGGAAAGAAAGUACCUGACCUUGAGGUGGCAGGAGAAGUGAGGGGAGUAUUUAUGUAGUCCUCUAAAUAACCAACUUUCUGCUGUCUCCAGGCCCUGGUUUAGAUCCUCUGCCUAGGCCAUAACUUACUGUAUUCCCAGUAGCCAUAGAAGAGUGUGGGUGACUGACAAAACUGCCUCUUGGCAUUCUCUAAGAUUCUAUUUUCUAGAUCACUUAGUUUGGAGCCAUCUUGAACUGAUGAGACCUGAAUAUAUUGUCUUUGUGGUCAGCAGUGUGGCAGUAGAGGUGAGAAAAAGCCUCUGAUCUACUGUUGAAACACCAGUAGCUCUAUUGCCUCUGUUCCCCUCAAGCUUCUAUGCCUUCCUGGCUAGCCCAGGAGAAAUUUGGUGUGGCAGAGGACUAAUUUGCCCCCAGGAAUAAGUCUUCCACACUGGUUUUGAGGCAUGUGAUCAGGGAGACACCAGUGCUUGUUUUCUACUGGAGCAGAAUGUGUCACAGCAGGUCUGUCAAGGCAGUGGAAUGAUGCCCAGGCUAGCUCAGAGACUGGGGGCUGUAACUGAUGCUGACCUCUCAGCUCACUCCUGACACUUGAAUUAGUUCAUUAGACUUGAAUUCAUUUCUAUCUCCUCUGAGUUUUCCGUACACUACACAGUUGUAGGUACUCUCACUCAUUUUGUACUCACUUGAUAAAGGAAUUUAGUCUUGCUUCAGGCACAUCAGUAAACCCAGAGAGACCUAAGGGGCAGAAGGCACAUGGGAGCUGGGACUGCUUCCUUGCUCAUAAUGGUAGCAAUUAUACAGUGGUUUGAAUGGAUAUUUCUGUCCCUAGCUCCCUACUAUAGACAGCUGGGGAGAAAAUGAGAGGCUCUUGGUUGCACUCACAAUCCCUGUACCCAUCUGUGAUUGAGAGGGAACAAAGUGAAAUUAAUACCACCACUAAGCCACCUUAACCACGUGCUGCACCCUGGCAUCUCUUUCUGGCUGUGGCAUAAAUGCUCUCCCAAAAGGAAUGGGUUGCACUUGUGCCUGUAGGUUUGACUCACUUGACACCAUUGCUUCCCUUCAAAGUUCCACCCAGCUCAGCUGCAGCACGUUUUAUGUGUCCUGAUCUGCUGCACAAAGAUAACUGUCCCAAAAUGGGCUGAAAAGAUCCUAAGCAGCAAUUCUUACUCUGUUAGGUUACUGUUGGGCCGUGGCUGGAAACGUCACUUACAAAAAAAAAGAAAAAAAGAAAAGAAAAAAAAGAGAAAAAAGAGAAAAAA